UCCGGCGGCGGCCGAAGAAACGAAAGAGGCUGCCCCGGGAGCUGACUUCACCUUCAGGCCGCAGCAUGAACGGCAGCGUGGCGGGCGGCUUUUCGGAGGAGCUCAUCCGCCUCACCCGCAGACCUUCAGGGCUGGGCUUCAACAUUGUUGGUGGGACAGAUCAGCAGUACGUUCCCAAUGACAGCAGCAUCUAUGUCAGCCGGAUCAAAAAGGACGGGCCCGCUUACCUUGAUGGCCGGUUACGAGAAGGAGAUAAAAUUUUAGCGGUCAAUGGCAAAGAGUUGAAGGAUUUGCGGCACAAGGAUGCUGUGGAACUGUUCAGGAAUGCAGGCCAUGACGUGUCUCUGAAAAUUCAGCACAGGUUGCAGACACAGAACGGCCCUGUGGGUCAUCGAGGCGAUGAUGGAGACUCAGGUGGGCUUCGUCUGGCAGCCAUUCUUGUGCCAGGCCUGGCGCUUGCUGCAGCAGCGGUCUGGAUCUUGCUGAGGCAUCGGCAGCGGAUGUGAAGAGUUCACACUUUGGAUAUCACUGCGUAUUUUACACAGCUGUGAUGUAAUUUAACGAUAGAGAAUCAACGAUCUUACCACAGACUGAUGACAGAAAGGAUCAUUGCCUAUCAUAAAGCUGCUGCUGCUGUUUAUUGAUUUUGUUGCAGGGUGGAUUUUUGAAGCAGAGAGGAAAAGGGGGAAGGGAGCUUGUCCACGUGUAGAGGAGGUUUUUCCACCCUCCUCUAUUUUGCACCAGGAACUUUCAAGCACAUUCAGUUAUUCCAUGUUUUAAGAUGCAGCUUUUGGUUGAAGGGAGUGGGGGUUGAGGUGUUUUUAAAUUCAAAGACAUUUACUAGAGACUUUGCCUUGUUUCCACUGAAUUUUUCUGGAGAUUAAUGAUCCCUCUGUGAGCAAUGCAGAGUAAAGAAGCAGCGCAGAGGGUAUGUUAUUUUUUCCCGUUGAAUUUGUGUUGGUUGUUGCUAAAUAAAUGCCUUAAGAAGAAUGUAUAAAAUUGAUUCUGUUGUUUCACAGGUAAAAUCAUCAGCAUAGCUGCUGAUUUAACAGUAACAUGCAUUUAACAGUUCUGGAAAGGUGGAAGGUAGCCUGCUGCUGCUAGAAAAAGACUUUGAUUGUCAGAGUGACUGCUCAUCCCUGGGUCAGAGUUGUAAGAGAAAGCUUUCCACAAAAUGCUAGUAUGCUGGAGGGAGGCAGGCAGAAAAGUGAAUCACAAGGAUAAGCAGUGGCAAGAGAUUUGGGCUCACAGAAGCUAUGGAAAAGUCAUUAUAUUAAUAAUGAAGCAAUAGUCCCUCCACCUGUCAAAUGAGUUGAAGUCUGUAUCUCUCAGGUUAAACCUCUGCUUUGGGGGUUAUUUUUUGCAUGGGGGGGUUACUCUGAAUAAAGUUUUCUAUAGCAGCUGACAUGUUUUCUGAAGUCAGAAAAUCUUGGGGUGAUUAAAAGGGAGAAGCUGAGAGCAGGCUGGGAUCAUCCUGGCGAUUGAUUGUUUGUGAAGACUGAUGUGAUGUUCAGGAGACGGACUGGUGGGUGUAAGCCAGCUCAGUGAGUAAAAUAAAAGGGAGAGGCUCUUGCUCAGGAAAGCAUGUUGCUGAAUUUACCUGCAGGGUCUCAUUUCCUCACUGUGAUUUGAAUGGUUUUAAAUGCCCCAGCUGAUGUGAGCUCUGAUGUGGGGUAAGACCUGUUUUUCUUAUCUCCAAGAAAUCAAUGUCUUCUGUUGUAUUUGUAACAGGAAAAGCAAACGUGUGUUCUGCUCUGUAUGAUGCCAAAAAAAAUGAAUCACACAUGCCAUAUAUGUUUUUAAUCACAGGAAAAUUGGUGUCUUAGUGCUUUACUUACCUCUGUUGUGUAUUAUUCUAGCAGAACAUUGCCCGUGUAUUUGAAAUCGCCGUGUUUGCUCAGGGCUGUAUUCUUGCUGUCUGGUGGACAUACAAAUGGUACGCU